GGUGAGAUGUGCCACGUGGCUGUGUAUGUGCCUUUGCUUUAUCUUUUCAUGGAGCAUGGUCGGUUGAAUUCCGGCAUCUUCUUUUUUAUUCUUCUCAUCCGCGGCUGAACUUCUUCUACACGUUUGUUCCUCCUUCUAUCUCUUCAAUUAAAGCAAAAUUCUAACUUUAGGAACUCUACUACUUUGCUUGGUCUUAGUUCAUUGUCAGAUUGAAAAGCCACACUCAAGAAGCAGAAAAUUUGAACUAGCAACCUGGAGUUCAUACAUAUGGUCACAAAAAACCACAUGAAACUUUAUGUGGCAGCAGGCAUCUUCUAAGGGAAUAGUAAGGAAAUCUAAGUAUAUCCUGGUUAAUCAAUGAUGAGAGACAUAAGAUGAUAUCAAGGUCAAAGGAAGCAGAUUUUUCAGAUAAACAGGAAGGCAAUUCAAUUGAUGACAAAAUCACUAAGGCUUCCUCCAGUUCAACAACAUGGUUGAGACUGAAGGAUCCAAGGAUAGUCCGGGUGUCGCGUGCUUUUGGAGGAAAAGACAGGCAUAGCAAAGUUUGCACUAUAAGAGGAUUGAGAGACAGGCGAGUGAGGCUUUCAGUACCCACUGCAAUUCAAUUGUAUGAUCUUCAAGAUAGGCUUGGGCUCAAUCAGCCAAGCAAAGUUGUUGAUUGGUUACUCAAUGCAGCUAAGCAUGAGAUCAAUGAGCUUCCACCACUGCCAAUACCCCCUGGGAACUUCAGCCUAGAUCCUUCUAACAUUGAAGUUGGUGUUUCUCAAUGUAAUGAGGGGUUUAAGAUGAAUAGCAAUUUUGAAUGGGAAGGUUCAAGUGCAUUAUCCAAAUCAAACCUUUGGAGUUCAGAUGCUUUUUGGAGGGCUAAAUCUAAAGAAGCUGCAAGGGGAACAAAUCCAAAAGAAAAUUGGACAAAGAGGAAUGAAGUUGAAGGUAAUGAAAGUCAUGGUGCACAAGUUUCAUCUAAUAAUUUCUUGCCAAGAGCUAGUCACCCUUCCUUACCUGCAGGUUUGUUGAAUACUUCCAUACCAUAUAAUUAUCAAUGGGAUCCUUCAAAUUUUCCACCAACACAUUUUGGAAGCCAUGGAUUCACAUCCCAAACAGAAGAUCAGCCCAGCUAUAGUGUCAUGUCAUUGCCUUCCACGUUGUCUUUAUCGACUGGGGGGCCUCAAAUUUUGGUAUGUCCUCCAGGAACAACACAACCUUUCUUCCCUUCCCAUGCCAUGGCUUCAGGGGAGACUGAUAUGAGACAAGUGAACCAUUUUCAAAUGUUGAGCUCAAGUUCACAUACCCAUUUGCCAAAUUCUCUUACACCACCUGUAUACCCUACAAGCCAAACAAUAAGGUCGUUCAAUUUCAAUUUGACUCCUCCUAAGCCUCUUCAUUCUCCAACCAGCAGUGGAUGUCAGCCAAAUAAUGACCAAGAGUUUCCUUCAAAAUGAUACAGAAACAAUAAAGGGUCAUCGAAAGAUGCAGUUCGUUUCAAGAAACAAGCAGUCCUCAGAUCUUCUUAAACAGUAAGGAAGGCAAGGUGCAUUACUUUAAAGACAUUAUACUUAUCUAGUGUGGAUAUAUUUCUUAUUAUGAAUUCAUGUUUGAUUUCCUACCUAGUUUUGCCUCAUGGUGGUAAUUAGUAUUCAAAUAUGCAAUUGAAUUCAAUUUCAAUCGUAAACAAAGAAUUCAAUGUAUUUGAUGCCGUAUGAAGGAAGAGUUUGAUAUUGGUGAGACACCAUAGUGAAGUGGCCACCGUUUGUAUGAAGUGGCCACCGUUUGUAUUUUUAAUUCAUUGACCACAUACGAGGUUAUGUGUGCAUGAAACUAGAAAAUAUGAUGUUGAAUCUGAAAUUGUACACUUUAUGUUAAAAA